AUGCAUGACGACAACCGCACAUGUGAUACUGUCGAGGCAUGUUUGAGGAGAGCAAAGUGGACAAUGACGAGUGGUUUUGAAGCUCCUCCUCAGUUGCGUGGUCUCGUGACGGCAAGUGUUCGGUUCAUCUCACUGUCGAUCAGUGAUCUGUCGGGAGACCCGAAGUCGCUGGAGCUGUCGGCACAUCGCCAAGAGAAUCGACCUCCGCUUCGCCGAUCGGACAACCCCGAGCGUGCCAAGAGCAACAACACCGAGGUCAGAAGCUCAAACUCCGUCCUCAUCACCAUGGUGCGUUAUGCAACGUGCCACCAGAAGAUGUUUCCACACUGGCUUCCCUAUCUCUGCCUCUUCAUGGUCAUCAGCUAUGUCUUGUCUCAAGAUAUACCCGAGGUAGUCAGCAAAUUUGACGACGCACGUACUCUCUGGAACACGCUACACACAGAGCAACUGCUGCUUGGUAGUCUCGACACGCAUGCACUUGCUCGAAAUCGCAAUGAUCCUUGGCAAACGUACCUCCGAACGCACGGUGAUGACAUCAUUGCCACCGAAUGGCACAACAGACCCAGAGGUGGAGGACCGAAAAGCCAAGGCACGUUUAACAAAAUCUCGAGUAUGAAGCGAUUUGUCAAGGCACCGGGCGCAUUGGGCCCAUUUACGACCCACGACCGACUCAGCGAGAGUAUCGCUCGUAGACUCAUCGAAGAGUACUCUCGACGCAAGGAUGCCAUCAGUCCUGCUGCUACACAUGGUCCACCCUUGAUCGACUUUCUCGGCUUGUCCGACCGAGUUAGCCGUUGA